UCCCCCAUCUCCAGCUCUCUUCACACAUCCCCUCCCCAUCGCCAUUUCCCUUCGCAAGCGCAUGCCCUCCAUCUUCACCUCCCUUCACAUACCCCCGUCCUAACAUUUCCCUUCUGUGUCAUUUGAUAAAAUGAGAGGCAAAAUGAAGUCCUGCAUUUUCAAAGGCUCUGCCACUGCAGGAGUCAGACCCUGGUGAGCAAUUGUUUAGGUUACAACUAUCAGUAGAAAUAAAGCAAGCUUUUUAAAGGGGCCACAGACUGGUCAGGAAUCAGUUUAAGUUCUACAACUGCACUUUGGAGUUCACAACCUCCCCAUUUGGGAUCCACAGUUUGAUAAGCCCGAUUUAGAUGGGAAACAAAGUUUUUUUUGUUUCAGUUGGCUGAAUGGCUUCUUCUGGACAAAUUUCCAGGAAGUUGGUUCUUAGAUAAACUCAAAGUUGGAAAGAUUGAGGAGAGUCCUCCUCCACCUUUUGACGUGUUAUUAUAUAUUACUUUGGAUGCUUCGGUGAUUUGCAGCUAAUUUGGUGGCUUUCUGAAGGAACAUUAUUGCAGAAUUACGUUUUUUUUGCAUUUGGUUUAGAAGCAGGCAACAAAAUAGCUUCAUCAUGUGACUUGUACAAGUUCAAAGUCCUUUUUCCGAGCAUCGUCUAUUGUACACCCCCAGUUGGGGCUUUACUUCUUGAGAUUUAACCAGCUUAGUUUGGAUGAGUGAAGCCAUCAUAGCACAGUUAAUGGUCAGUCAGAGUCAUUAUUAACAUGUGUUUAACACAUGUUGAGUUUCGAUGUUUCUUUUCUCAGUGGUGAAACUGGCAAAGAUGCUGGCUGGAAAGGUAUCCUUUUUUUACUGUUGUUCCAUCCUUAAUUAAAAUGGGUACGCAUUGCUCAAGACUUGCACAGUUCUGGAGCCUUUUUUUUCUGCCUAAAAUUGAAAAGUAUUGACUGGAAGUUCAGAGCAUACUGCAGAGUGAUAUAGUUCUCCUGAUUGGCCUUCCAUCUACACGAAACUGGCUGAAAGGUAAGACUUGAGAGAGUAGGGAAAUUUAUUUGUGUAUAAUUCUUUUGUGUGGAACUGUUUUCUUUUUCACAGAUUUAAUUCAUAAUCAUUUCAAAAACUACAAUAGCAAGAAUUAAUGACUCAUGCAGUUGAGGUUUGUGGCACAGUUUAUGCAAAUACUUAAUGUUUCACUUUUUUUAUUUUUUAGGAAGAUCCUACAUUAGAACGGCACUUUAAAGGUCAUCGUGACACUGUCACAAGUAUUGACUUCAAUACUAACAUGAAGCAGUUAGCAACUGGAUCAAUGGAUUGCUGCGUCAUGAUCUGGAAUUUGAAACCACAGAUGCGAGCAUAUCGAUUUGUAGGUCACAAAGAUGCAGUCCUGUCAGUUCAGUUCUCUCCUUCUGGUCACUUACUGGCUUCUGCAUCUCGAGACAAAACAGUCCGCCUCUGGGUUCCCAGUGUAAAAGGUGAAUCAACAGUGUUAAAGGCUCACACAGGAACCAUUCGAAGUGUUCAGUUCUCCAGAGAUGGACAGUCAUUGGUUACAGCUUCGGAUGACAAAACCAUCAAAGUUUGGACAGUUCAUCGGCAGAAGUUUCUUUUUUCUCUCACCCAGCAUAUAAAUUGGGUUCGCUGUGCAAAGUUUUCACCAGAUGGGCGACUCAUUGUUUCUGCCAGUGAUGAUAAAACGAUUAAAAUUUGGGAUAAAGCUACUAGAGAAUGUAUUCAUUCAUUUUAUGAACAUGGAGGUCAUCAUGGACUUAUGGCUACAGUGUGGGCUCCUGGCAGAGUGGACUCUCAGCUUAGGGAGCCUCAAGGUGAAGCUAGAUUUGUGAAUUAUGUAGAUUUUCAUCCCAAUGGAACAUGUAUUGCAGCAGCAGGAGCAGAUAGCACUGUUAAGCUUUGGGACAUACGUACAAACAAGCUUCUUCAGCAUUAUCGAGUGCACAGUGCUGUGGUAAACAGCCUCUCUUUCCAUCCAAAUGGAAACUAUCUCAUAACUGCCUCUAAUGAUUCAACACUGAAGAUACUUGAUUUACUGGAAGGGAAAUUACUCUAUACACUUCAUGGCCAUCAGGGUCCAGCUUCAUGUGUGGUUUUCUCUGGUGCUGGAGACUUCUUUGCUUCGGGUGGCUCAGAUGAACAGGUUAUGGUAUGGAAGACUAAUUUUGAUGCUGCAGAUUAUGGGGAAAUGUUGAAAAAUCAAUCCCAACCAAUGACUGUUAAUUGUAGGCUGAAGAAUUGUGAUGGUCCUUCUUGGUUACCAGAUGAUACUACAAAAUCACAUGCUGUAGAGACUGUUUUGGAGACAAAUGUUUCUGACACUGGGUCAACUAACCUAAAUCAACAAAAGAACGAUUCAAGUAACGUUUUGGCAUCAGAUGAAAAACCCAUUCCUCACUUAAGCCAGUUUCAUCAGCAAGAAGGGAAUGGUAUCCCCUCAGCUCUUGCAAGUACUCUGGAGCACAUUGUAGGACAGCUGGAUGUUCUCACUCAGACAGUGACGAUUCUUGAACAGCGACUUACAUUAACAGAAGACAAGCUGCGGGAAUAUCUUGACAAGCAACAGACGUCAUGAUUACAGUAAGAUCUAAUGUUUGAAAACAGGAGUGAAACACCAGUGGAAUUGAAAGAUUAAUCAUCUUUUUUGACAGAUAUGCUUAAUAGGCAUUAAUUCACACAAGUCACAAAUCAAAGCAUUGUUAACUAGUUGGUCCUCCUUGCGUUAAUGUUGCUUGAGUAUAUCUGCCCUGACUGUUUCAGCAGUGAUGUGUAUGCUAUUGUUUUUGUACUUUUUAUGUACUCAUGCCCUCUGUGAGAGAGUAUCUCCAAUGCAAUAAAUUGUUUUAUUUCAUACAGAAAUAGACCCAUAUGUAUUAAUAUUUUAUACAUUGAAAUAAAAUUAUGAUAUUGAAGUUUGUAACUAAAAUGUGUCAAUUGCAUCAGAUGUGGUUUAAUUGUUUACAAUGGUUGAAAAUAAAGGGCUGAACUUUGUAGGGGGAGCAAUGGUCCUAACUAC